CUCUUCCCGGCCAUUCGUAUAUAAAUAUGCCUAGAGAGAGAACACAUCAAGCGACUGCGACUGAUACUGAGUCGGAAAGGAAAGAGAAUCGUCUUCUUCGGAGAUACCGCAUUUCUCCAUUACUGAAUAUCCUCGAUUCUUCAACGAUUCUCUGGAAAGGAAGUAGUGAUGGACCAGAAGCAGUUUCUAUUGUCGGCAUUGAGCGUCGGAGUUGGUGUCGGAGUUGGUCUUGGCCUCGCUUCCGGUCCAACAGUUAGCAGAUGGACCGGCUACGGCGAUUCGUCAGCCGUCGGACUUACGGCGGAGCAAAUUGAGCAGGAGUUGUCACGACUCGUCAUAGACGGAAAAGAAAGUAAGGUCACGUUUGAGAAAUUUCCGUAUUAUAUCAGUGAGCGGACGAGAAUUUUAUUGACUAGCGCAGCUUAUGUAUAUUUGAAGAACUUGGAUGUUUCCAAGUACACUCGGAAUCUAACUCCGGCCAGUAGGACUAUUUUGCUCUCAGGACCUGCUGAACUUUAUCAACAAAUGCUCGCAAAGGCUCUUGCUCAAAACUUCCAAGCAAAGCUGUUAAUACUAGACGUAGCAGAUUUCUCUCUUAAGAUGCAGAGCAAAUACGGUUGUGCCAAAUCUCAGCCUGGUUUCAAGAAGUCGAUUUCGGAGGUGACGUUGUCUAGCUUGUUCGGCUCCUCCUUCUCUAUUUUUUCACCCAAGGAUACUAACAACAAAGCACCUCCUACUCGCACCUUAUCCAGGCAGAGCAGCGGAGUAGAUCUGAAAUCAAGUAGAGCUCUUGAAGGUACUAAUGAUCCAUCAAUUCAUAGUAGAAGAUCCUCUAUCUCUUCUGAUUUAAGUACCAUCAGCUCCCACUGCUCUUCUUCUUCGUCGUCCUCUUCUAUUCCAGCGCAAAAGCGAAUGAGCAGCUGGCCUUUUGAUGAAAAGAUGUUAUUGCAAUCGCUAUACAAGAUUUUGGUUUCGAACUCGGAAAGUGGAUGUAUAAUUCUAUACAUCAGGGAUAUUGAGAGGCUUGUCUUUCAAUCGGAAAGGCUGUACAAACUGUUGGAUAGAAUGCUAAAGAAAUUAUCGGGAUCGAUUUUGGUACUUGGCUCUCGGAUGUUGGAUGUGGACGAUGAUUGCAAUGAAGUGGACGAGAAACUCUCCCGUUUGUUUCCUUACAAUAUUGAAAUAAAGGCACCGGAAGACGAGAGCCAUCUUGUAAGCUGGAAAGCCCAGCUGGAGGAGGACAUGAAGGUUAUCCAGUUUCAGGAUAAUAAAAAUCACAUUGCUGAAGUCCUUGCAUCUAACGAUCUUGAAUGCGAUGAUCUUGCCUCCAUCUGCCAUGCAGAUACUUUGAUCCUCAGUAACUAUAUUGAAGAAAUAGUUAUAUCGGCCAUAUCAUUCCACUUGAUGAAUAACAAGAAUCCUGAAUACAGGAAUGGGAAGCUUGUGAUAUCAUCGUCAAGCUUAUCACAUGGAUUGAGCAUCUUCCAGGAUGGUAAAGGCUGUGGGAGAGAUACUCUCAAGCUGGAGGCUAAUGCUGAAUCAUCAAAGGAAUCUGAAGCCGAGAAAAACAAUGAGAAAGAUGGAGAGAAAAAAGCACCUGAAGUUACACCUGACAAUGAAUUUGAGAAACGGAUAAGGCCGGAAGUGAUCCCAGCCAAUGAGGUUGGAGUGACAUUCGCUGAUAUUGGUGCGAUGGAUGAGAUAAAAGAAUCACUUCAGGAAUUGGUUAUGCUUCCUCUUCGACGACCCGAUCUAUUCAAAGGGGGAGGCCUUCUUAAGCCUUGUAGAGGAAUACUUCUUUUCGGACCUCCAGGAACUGGAAAAACUAUGCUUGCUAAAGCUAUUGCCAAUGAAGCUGGUGCAAGUUUCAUCAACGUCUCAAUGUCAACCAUCACGUCCAAAUGGUUUGGGGAAGACGAGAAGAAUGUCCGAGCACUCUUCACUCUUGCUGGAAAGGUUUCUCCUACUAUUGUAUUUGUGGAUGAAGUCGAUAGCAUGCUUGGCCAACGGACCAGAGUUGGAGAGCAUGAGGCUAUGAGGAAAAUCAAGAACGAGUUCAUGACACAUUGGGAUGGACUUUUGACUAAACCCACAGAGCGCAUUCUUGUUCUUGCCGCCACAAAUAGGCCAUUUGAUCUCGAUGAAGCAAUUAUUAGGCGGUUCGAGCGCAGAAUUAUGGUUAGCCUCCCAUCAGUGGAGAACAGGGAAAUGAUACUGAAAACUCUUCUGUCAAAGGAAAAAGUAGGAGAUCUUGACUAUAAGGAGCUUGCAGUCAUGACAGAAGGAUAUAGUGGGAGCGACCUUAAGAAUCUUUGCGUCACAGCAGCGUAUCGACCUGUUAGGGAGUUACUACAACAAGAGAAGCUAAAAGACAAGGAGAAGAAAAAAGUGGAAGCUGAUGGACAGAGUUCAGAAGUUGCACCGGACAAAGCAAAAGAAGAGGAAAAAGAGGAAAAAGUAAUCAUCCUCAGGCCAUUAAACAUGGAAGACAUGAGACAAGCUAAGAAUCAGGUUGCUGCAAGUUUUGCAACGGAAGGAUCGGUAAUGAGUGAACUGAAACAAUGGAAUGACUUGUAUGGAGAAGGAGGAUCAAGGAAGAAGCAGCAAUUAACUUACUUCCUUUAAAAAAACAGUAAAAAAACAGCAGAUUGUUAGACAAAUUUCUUUAAAGGGUUUUUGUAAGGAUUCAGAACAGCAACCAAAAACCAUAUGUUUGGAAGGAAAGUAAUGGAGAAGUUUCCGCAAUGAAAGCUAGAUAAUAAAGAGAUUCAUGAAACCAGGUAAAUGCCCGAAGAUAAUCUAAACACGAGUCGGAAGCUCUUGGAUUUUGAAUUGUUGCAUAGAUUCUCGCAUUUCCACGACACCUCUAUUGGCUUGAUGGUUGCAUUUUUUUGUUUUAGAAUUGUGUGGGAGUUCAUAUCUACAGGAAGUAAUUUAAGGAUUGUGUUUUAUUACAUGUUGUAUAUUAGAUUGUCGGAUUAAUAAUGCAUGUAAUUAUUAAAGUCUUAAGGGAAAUUAUUGCAUUGUAGAUGGAAUUGUUGGGAACUGAUAUUCCUUAUGUUGUAAAUGAGCUUUGCCUACGAUUUUAUCA